AUGUCUCUUGCUAAAUAUAUUGAGGAGCUGGGGUCGAUCCUGGGUUCCGAAGAAACCAUUCUCCCAUCUUCGGAUCUGUAUAGGGUCGAGUCUUUGCCGUGGGCGGCCCAGAAAGACCUUAAACCUGCAGUGGUCAUUCGUCCCACGAGCAUCAAAUCGUUGAGCAAGGCCUUGGCAUAUCUUUCGAAGACAGACUUGAGCCUUGGAAUUCGAAGUCAAGGCGUUGGCUCUGCUUCAGCAAAGGAUAUCUUGAUAAGCAUGACAGCAUUUGAUGAAGUCGACUUUGACCGGCAGAAUGAAAUUGCGACGGUGGGAGCAGGACAGAGUUGGGGCCAAUACUAUGAGAAGAUCGACAAAAUUGCCCCCGGUUAUGCAACCGUCUCGAUUCGUACGCCCUGCGUUGGCGUGGGCGGAAGCAUCCUAGGUGGUGGAUAUUCCUGGCUCUCCUCGGAAUAUGGUUUGACCUCAGACCCGGCCAAUAUGCUCGAUGCGCAGGUCGUGAAAGUCGACGGAACUGUCCUCUGGGCGUCCGAAGACCCAGAACUGCUCUGGGGAAUAAGAGCGACAAAUGGUGCAUUUGGCGUGAUCUCUCGGUUCAAACUUCGAGCUCGCAAGUAUCAGCUCGAGGUCUGGGGUGGAAACAUCCUGAUCCCGAGGACAGAGCUUAGAGCUGUUGUCAGAGGCAUUGCUGCGAUGGUUGCAAGGCCUCCAAAUCCUAAGGUAGCCUUCUAUCUCUUUAUGAUGAGAAAAGAGCAGUUGACGCAUAUGGGACCCAAAGAGGAUAUGUUGAUGGUCCAUGCGUUUGACGCGCUCGGUGAGACACAUGGCAGAAGUGGCGAUGGCUUUAAAUGGGCCCUAGAUUGCCCAGGGGCAGUUGACACAACCAGGGUAGUUAGUUUGUCGGGGAUGGCCAAACUGCAAGACAAUGUUGGUAAAGCCAAGGGCGCCGCAAACGUUUGGUGGGCGUCAAUAGCAUUAAGCAGGAUGGAUGAGGCGACACUCCUUCGAGCAUUUGACUGGUAUGACAAUGCUGCAGCUUUGCCCGGAGCAGUGGGGAAGCGGGCUUCGCUAUUUUUCGAGUUUUUCACCACGCGAGAUUCUCUGACAUCCAACACCGAUUCCGCUUGGCCGCGUCCUCGAGGGUUCCAGCACAAGAUAACGCUCGGGUCCGGAACGGAUAUCGGGGCGUGCCUUGAGGAUAUCGAGGUGGCGAAGAUGUUGGUGAAGGACGGUCCAGGCCAGAUAGUAAACACUUCUGGGCCAGUUCAAAUAGUACCGAAUGUAAUGGAAGAUUUCCAUGAUCCUAUCGCCCAGGUAUACCGAGAACAUUAUCCGAGACUCCAAGAACUGAAGAAAAGAUAUGAUCCUGACAACAAACUCGGAGGACCUAUUAGAUAUCUGCACUCGUAG